AUGCCUCAAACUACUUGGGGUCGUCCCAAACGGUUCAGGAAGAAGGACAAGAGCCACUCCAGAGACUCCCCAGGGUCUCCUAAAAUCCACCCAGAGAGAGGAGGAGAUGAACCUGGCUCUUCUGAGCCCAUUGCAGAAGAGCACCCUCCUUCUGAGCCAAAGAAGAGGAAAUGGUGGCAAAAGCUCUUUAGCAGAAGGAAGCACACCAAAAAACAUGAAAGUCUUGAUUUAGGGCCUGCUCCUACAAACAAGGAGCAACCAGGCCCUUCUCCAAAAAGCAAGCAGGAACAAGGGUCUUAUAACUCAUUUCCAGAGGCAGCUGCUGCUGAUCUGGCCAACAAUCAGACUUCUUCGAUGGAGGAGCAGCCUUCCUCUGACCCAGGUUCUCUUCCAUUGGAAGACAAUUUCACAGGCAUCAGAGACAGGGACCAGCCCAAUACGAAUCUGAAUCACUCAGAGAGAAUCCAGACAGAAUCCUCAGAGAACGUGACAUACGAUCCCAAUGCACCCAUCAUCUUAGAGGAUUUCAACGAUGAUUUUUGGUCCAGUUCAGAGAGCUCCCUGAAUGAAGAGCACCCUCCUCCAAGCUCUUGCAAACUCCCACCUUCUAUAAUACUUCUGGCAAAAUUCGGUCUACACAGUUUGUGCCAAGUGUUUGACACUUUGUCCUGUGAAAGGGCUGUGACUCUUGCAGACACUGUGGCCGAGAAGCAUCUGGACAUAUUUGUAGAGCAUGUCUUGGAAUCACAGGCUACGGAAUGUCUUUAUUUAAUGUUUCUAGUCCUAGCUUCAUCCAAGUGUGAUUUGGACCGUGUGAUACACCACUUGAUUCGCGCGAUUGGUGGGGGACCUUUCUCUUUUCCUGUUGAGGAAAAACAGCUUGAAAUGAAGGUAUUCGCAAUAAGAUUGAUUGCGACCAUCACAGUAUACAUCCCACAAGCUGAAAGGCUGGAGAAAUGGAUCCCAGACUUCAGUUUAAUCUUGAUGAAUUUCCUGGUGGAACAGAUCAAAAACCCUGGGGACAUUUUAACUGGGAACUUCAUGACAAAAGAUGAUACAGUCGCUGCCAUUGAGACCAUCGAAAGUAGAUGGGGCAUGCUAUCCUCCCUCUUUGCAAAGCACUGUGGCUCUGCUUAGGCAAACAAUCCCCCUUCGGAACAAAAAGGCCAUCGCUUCCAGAAAUGCCAUGAUUUCCAAAGGGAAGUUCCAGGUUUGCAGGCUGCCGGAGGAACCUCUAGUGGAGAAGUCACCAGAACACUUGCAAGUCCCUAAGGACUCUCUGCUGGGUUUGGGGGAGGAGAAAGAGGCCAUCAUAUGCAAAGAUGUAUAGUCGUCCCUCCAAAUUUGCGGGGUAACCGUUCCAGGACACCCCCUCCCCACGCAUUGAAAAUUAAUGGAUAUUCAAGUCCCCCCUCCUUCCCUCCUUCUUUUGCCCCCCAAAGGGCCUGGCGUAGCUGGGAUGGGGCCUUCCCUCAUUCUGGGGGAAGUGAGCCAAGGUGCGGGGGCCACCAGGGCCUGUCAUCUGCGCCCCACCAACUGUCCGCCAUGCCGCCUUCCCUUCCCGCCGGAUGCACACCAUGCCUGCUCCAGCAUAGCCACUGGCUGCCUGCUUGCUUCCCCUUUCAUCCCGUCCCCCUGGGAAUGGGACAGAGAUGGGAAACAUCUCUCCCCCAAUCCUUCUACCUUUCCAUCCAAGGCAGUGAGAGGGAGCAAUGGAGGGAAGGUGAGAAAGUGUUGGAGGGAGAAGGAUGGUGGGGGAGAUGCUUUAUAGAAACCUGGCUGGGAGACAAGAGUGUCAUAACCUGGGCUCUGGCCCUCCCAGUCAAGUAUUCUGCCAGUUAGCAGGUAUGGGGAAGUGGGCGAGGGGUGGAGUGGCCUUGGGGGGCAAAAGAAGGAGGGAAGGGUUGGAAAGGACUGGGGGGAGGUGGCAACGUCGCAGAUAACCAGAGCCGCGAGUUCCAAAGCCGCGUAUUUGGAGGGACAACUGUAUUUUGGAGCAGUGUGCACUGACACCAGGAGAUGGGUUUUUUCUUUGGAUAUUCUCCUACCCAAAAUACACAGAGGUGUUCAUAACAAGCAAGGCGAUGAGCAAAAAAUACUAAGGCUCCAGUCUGAAGUGGGCAUGUCCUCACCCCUUCUACUAUGAGGUUGG